AUGGCUCCCAUUACGAAAGAAACCGAUUAUCUUGUUCUUGGUGGAGGUAGUGGUGGUCUUGGCUCGGCUCGUUUUGCCAGCGCCAAGUUUGGCGCAAAGGCCAUGGUCGUUGAAGCCGCACGCCUCGGAGGUACUUGUGUGAAUGUUGGAUGUGUUCCCAAAAAGGUUACCUACAACGCUGCUGCCAUCGCCGAGACUCUGCACGAAGCAAAGUCAUAUGGUUUCUCUGUCCAGGAAACCGCUCCGUUCGACUGGACCACCUUCAAGACGAAACGUGAUGCCUACAUCAAGCGCCUGAAUGGAAUUUAUGAGCGAAACCUCGUGAAUGACAAGGUCGAAUACUUGCACGGCUGGGGUCGUCUGCUGUCUAAGAACCAAGUUGAGGUCACACUAGAUGACGGGAGCAAGGUUCUUGUCAACGCCAAAAAGAUCUUGGUCGCUGUCGGUGGGCGCCCUAGCUCCCCUCCUCAGAUUCCCGGUGCCGAACUGGGUAUUAAUAGCGAUGGAUUCUUUGACAUCGACAAGCAGCCGAAGAAGGUGGCCAUCAUUGGCGCCGGUUACAUUGCCGUUGAGUUUGCCGGCAUGUUCAACGCCCUUGGUACCGAAACCCAUCUCUUCAUCCGCGGCAAGACGUUCUUGCGACACUUUGACCCUAUGAUUCAAGAGAGCGUCACCAAUGAAUAUGAGAGACUGGGAGUUAAUCUGCACAAGGAGUCACAAGCCACCAAGAUCGAAAAGGGUGCGGAUGGCAAGCUCAAAGUGACCUACAAGGACGGUCAAGGCAAUGAGAGCUCUGUUUCAGGUGUCGACCAUCUCAUCUGGGCCGUUGGACGAACUCCCAUGACCAAGGAUAUCGGCCUGGAGGAGGCCGGCGUCAAGCUGACCAAGAAUGGCCACGUUCAGGUCGACGAGUACCAAAACAGCACCGUCGACAACAUCUAUGCCCUGGGUGAUGUCAGUGGAGAAGUUGAGCUGACGCCCGUCGCCAUUGCGGCUGGCCGCAGACUGGCCCAGCGAUUGUUUGGGCCCGCCGAAUUUUCGACUCGGAAGCUGGAUUACAGCAAUAUCCCGUCUGUUGUGUUUGCACACCCCGAAGUAGGCAGCAUUGGUCUCUCUGAGCCCCAGGCUAUUGAGAAAUACGGCAAGGACAACAUCAAGGUCUACAAGACCAACUUCACUGCCAUGUACUACGCCAUGAUGGACCCUGAAGAGAAGGGCCCGACCAACUACAAACUGAUUGUCACUGGUCCUGAUGAAAAGGUUGUUGGCCUGCAUAUCAUGGGCCAGGGCAGUGCUGAAAUGUUGCAAGGAUUCGGAGUUGCCAUCAAGAUGGGUGCCACAAAGGCAGACUUUGAUAGCUGUGUUGCCAUUCACCCAACCAGUGCCGAGGAAUUGGUAACUCUGAAAUAA